AUGGUGGCAGGGGACGAGAGACCCGUGUGCGCCGCCGCGGACGCGCUCCCGUACUAUGACACGGACAUUGAUACCAUACCAGACCUGCGUGUUGAGGCCGAGCGUGCCAUUGAACACGAAAAACGCCAUUUUGUGCCGCAUGAUUCCAUGCCACCUGCCUUCGAGUUCGGCGCUCAUUGGGCUGCCGAGUUGGAGCGUGCCGAGCGUGGCGAAAAGCUCCAAGUACUAGACACAUCAAGAUACCAACUCCCCCAUCCACCUGACGAUGCCAAAGAGGAAGAAUGGCGUGCCGCUUUGAUCAACGCAGAGGUUCAACUGCGCUACAUGGAUGGGCGCUUACUCAACCUAGAGCUCUUGCGAAGAUAUGGACCGAAUGUAUGGAGACUGCAUAAUUACCAGCAGGAAGGCAUGGCUGCGUUGCAGACACGAUUACUUGAUGAGGCAACUCACGAUAUGGACGAAUUGAACCGCACACGCAAGGCUAUGCAUUGGCAGCUAGGUGACAAGAUUUCGAUGUACGAGUCGCGGUGGCGCGAUCUCGUGUCGAGGAAUCUGUCGAUUCGCGUGGCAAAUCUAGCGAUGCGGGCGGAGAUCGACGACCUCACUCGGCGCACGGAUGCGGCGCGUCGCACAUUGGCUGCUAUGGAGGAAGCAUAG